GACAGAAAUGAGAGGCAAACAGGAGCGCCAAAUAGGAUGGAGCGAAACAGUAAACACCGCCGAGGAGCCACACGAUGCUCUUCGCCAUAUCCUCUCCCCCAAGUCACUAUCGUCGAGCUAUCAAGGACGCCAUUGAAAAGAGCUCUCGUCAUUAUCGAGCUCCGUGCUAUUCUGUUGGAUCUCUCCGGCGGACGAUGAGCUGGUAAUUUAGCUGCACAAGUGAUUGAUCGGCGCUGUUUCCCGAGAUGACGAUGCUUCCCGUUUGCUCCGCCACAACCUGUUGCUCUUCGUCUCACUGUCAGAUUCCGCUGAAUGGAGGAGUGCGAUCUUUCUACUCUCCUCGGAAAGAGUUCGAGUCAAGAUGGAUGAUGGACAGCAUGUUCUUAGGAUCAUCAAGUGGGAAGAUUCUCAAUAAAGUUACCUUUAGAACGCAAGCUACCGGAUUCUCCGCUGUGGACAUCAACACCAGCAUUGACCGAUCAGUCCUGAAUUCCUCAGUCAAACCUACCAAUGAGCCGCACGGCAUGGAAAAGGUGCACCUGAGAUUUUUGCAAAUUUCUGAGGUGCCUGUCACUGAAGAGGGAUCUGUUGACUUCACGGAGCAGUCGGUUGAUAGUGUUACAGCAUUGCCGGAUCUCAUUGAAGCCGAAGGAACAACCACCAUUGAUGUGACACCUGACCCUUCCACCUUAACAUCCGAGCCCCAGUUUACAGACAGCAGUUCAUCCUCUGAACUGAAAACAAGUGUACAGGAUAUCAUCUCUGGGAUUAAUGACUCCCUCAGUGCGUCAGUAGAAAAGGGACAAAGCACAUUGAAUAACUUGCUUGAUUCGGUUAAUUCCUCCAUAGCUUCUGUAAGCAAAGGUGCCAAUGAGGCAAUAGAGAAUGCUACUGGCAGACUGUCUUCUAGUGUCGACCAAAUGGGAGAAUCUGCUAGCUAUAAAUUGACAAAUAUUUCAAGUGAUUUGAAAGGAGCUGCAAGUAAAGCUGGUGCCAUUGGUGUUGAUGUAUUGAGGGGUACAAUUGUCGCCUUCGAGGAUUCACUUGCAAAAGGAGCUUCUUUAGUUGUUUCUUCUCAUAGUUCUGCUAAGGAAUUUCUCCCUCCAGAGAUAAAGGAUACACUAGAUCUUUCUGAAGCGAAGACAGCAGAAAUUCUGAAGCCUGUUGGAGUACUUACCCAACAGGUCUCUUUUGCUAUAGGGGAGUUGGAAAGAAAUCUUGGCUUGGAUCCAAGUGAUCCAAUUGUGUCGUUUGUACUUUUCCUUGGCACUGCCUCCACUUUGUGGGCUUUUUAUUGGGUAUGGACUUACAGUGGUUACUCCGGAGAUUUAUCUCCCAAUACGACACUUCAGCUCUUGAUGGGGAAGGAGAAUGCAGUGCUCAUAGAUAUUCGGCCUGAGAUCCUUAGAGAAACAGAUGGCAUUCCUGAUCUUCGACGAACUGCACGUUAUCGAUAUUCAAGUGUCUCCUUGCCCGAGGUUGAUGGUUCCAUAAGGAAACUUUUAAAGAGUGGAAGAGAUGUUGAGGACUGCUUAAUUGCAGUUGUUAUCCGGAACUUGAAAAUAGUUAAGGACAGGUCCAAGGUCAUAGUUAUGGAUGCUGAUGGUACGCGUUCAAAAGGCAUUGCAAGAUCAUUGAAAAAGCUUGGAGUUAAGGGACCAUAUAUGGUUGAAGGAGGCUUCCGAUCGUGGGUGAGUCAGGGUCUCCGUAUCAAGGAAUUGAAGCCUGAGACAACUCUCUCCGUACUUAAUGAGGAAGCUGAGGCAAUUCUUGAGGAGAUCAAUCCUUCUCCCUUGCAAGUUUUUGCUACUGGCAUGGGUUUCAUUGCAGCUUUGUAUGCACUAGUAGAGUGGGAAAAGACUCUGCAGAUUAUUGGAAUCUUUGGCCUUGGCCAGUUUGGAUUGUGUAAUUGUGCCAGACUAUCUAUCGGCGUAUUGCUUCUUAUCAGGAACCCGAAGAUUUUAAGCAAGACUUGAGUCGAUUGCUGGUACCUGUCAAACUUGGGGCAGAAGCGUUCUCAUGGGCGGCCGGGAAACUCGAGACAAACGGAAUCGGCCUUCCAACAUCACCUUCAUCCUCCGAUGUGCAAAACCGUGUCCUGCAGGCUGCUGCGAGGCACGAGUCCCAGCCAUCCGAGGACGAAGGGAGCCAGGAGUUCUCUCCCGAAUCCGUUUCUUCUUCCACUGACCGCGGAGAACUCUCCGAAGCAUAAGCAGUUCCAUACUGUUUCAUCGGCAGGAUUUCAAUUUAUUGGCCUUAUGAGAUCGUUGUAAUCGUAGGAGGGUGACGGAUUAAAAAGAGAGGAAAGAGCACAAGUUUAGGCUGACCUCAGAUCAAAAUUAAGGGAUACUUCUGUACAUGCAAUGUGGUAUUUUUGAAGAAACUCACUGUUCUUUUUUGUUGUCUCGAUUGUUAAGAUCUUCACGAUCACGAACGUCUAGUAAAAGGGAUAGUUGUAUUUAAGCCA